GAGCUUUUGCCCAAACCAUAAAAAUGUCAAUCCAAAUAUUGUUUCUUCACUUCAUUAUCCCUUGUGUGAAGUCAAUCACUAAUUUUCUUAGUAAUUGAUGGUUGAAAAUUUUAUUUCUUUAAAUUUAUGUUUUUUCCCCCUUCCUCCUUUCUAAAAGUAUCAUUAAUCUCCACUUAUUUUGGACAAAAAUUAAACGUCAAUUUAGUAAUAUACUCAGUAAAAGAACUUUUAAAAGAGAUUUUAAAUAAAGUAUAUAGCAAGUUAACCAAAUAUUAUUAUUAUUAUUUUUUAUUCUUUUUUUUUCUAAAGAAAGCAAGUUAGCCAAUUAUAAGAAAAGCAAAAGGCAUCACCACAGGGUAAAUAAUAAUAAUAAUAAUAAUAACAAACUUAUGAAAAGACUUAUGACAUGAUUUAGUAGAAACUUGACAUAUAACCAUUUUAAAAAAUGCAAAGAUAAAAGUAAAAUUAUAAAUAAAUAAAAAAUAAAAAAUCAGACUUUCAUUUCACCUCACAUUGAGCUAUCAUUAAUUUUCAGUUACCCCUCUGACCUACUUUCUCAUCAUUACUAUUUUUCUUUUUCUUUUUCUUUUUAUUCUCACAUCAAAACCACUAAAUAAAAGUAAAAAAUGAAAAUUAACAAAUUAAAUAAAAAAUUCCACCUCGCCCAAAAAGAGACAGUGAAGCAAAUUAAGAAAAAUAAAAUAGAAGCAAUUCCUUUGCACUCAACUGCCACCCUGUCAAUCUCCCCGACUAUAAUUUACCCGCACGCACGGCCUUCCCCUUUUAAAAUUAUUAUUAUUUUUUUCUCGCACAAUUCCAACUCUUUUCCUUUUUCUUUUACUUCUUUUUUUUCAUUGGUGGCCCAACAAAACAUGUGUUAACAAUGGAUAAUAGCCAUAUUUAUUCAUUAAAAAAAUAAAAAAACGCAUUUUAGUAAUAAAAUGUACCUAUUUUUAUCUAUUAUCAUUAAAAUAUUAAUAAGCAAUAAAUAGUAAAUUUAAAUUUAAAUUACUAAUUUUUAAUAAAUAGAUUGACAUUUUUUAAGUAGACAUAGCACAUUUUCACAUACAAAACAACCCAACAACAUAGAGAUUUUCUAUUUUUUUUUUUUUUUUUCUUUAAGGAGAAAAAUAUAAAAAUUUCUCUUUCCUUCCUUCUUCUUCACAUUCACAUGAGGCAGUGCUAGUUGCCCAUUCUAUUAAUGUAUCUUGCAGCUUUUGACAUUCUCUUGGCAGACACAACUCUCUUAAACUAAAUCUUGCUGUCUUCUCAUCUCUUGCCCCUAUUCAUUUCCUUUCACUCUUUAUAAGCACUCUGUUUGCUCUGUUUAUUUGUGCACUCAUUCCAAAUUCAGUACACUUUAAGAGGGGAAAAACAAAAAUAUUAUGUAUAAGAAAGAGAGCUCUUCUUCUAGGGAAAACCCGCUUCCUCAGAGAAAAAGAACUCCGUCUUUCUCUUCAUCUUUACUAGAUGCCAUUUAUCGUUCCAUUGAUGAAUCUAACGGCGGCGCUGGCUGCGGCGAAGAGGAAGUUUUGAGUCAGCAGUACCAAGAAACUACCGUGAUCAAGAAACAGAGCACCCGCACCCAAUCUGUUUCUACAAUUCGGCGCGAUACUUGUCUUGAACAAGAAAAAGAUUUAUCUACUCUUCGUCGAGCUAUUCUGUUAGAAAGCUGGAUGGAGAAGCAAACUCACUCUAAUUCGACUUCUACUUCUUCAGAGUCUAGCUCUGGAGUUGGAGGAGGCAGAGGCGUAUUCUCAUCAUCCUCAGAAACUGAAUCAAGCGUUGAAAAUUCAAGAAGAACAACAACACAGCAAAGAAGCAAGCAAGUUUCUGAUAAGCAACAGAAGCCGAAAUGCGAAGGAGGGUUUUCCAGGACAAAGCUAAAAGCAAUGAAAAUAUAUGGAGAACUAAAGAAAGUCAAGCAACCAAUUUCUCCAGGCGGCAGAAUUGCUAGUUUCCUGAAUUCUAUUUUCAGCCCGGGAAGUGCAAAGAAAGUAAAAAUGUGUUCUAUUGGAGCUAUGGAUGAUGUCAGUACUGCCACAGACCGGAAAUCAAAGUCUGCUUGUUCUUCGGUUACAUCUUUUUCACGUUCUUGUUUAAGCAAAACUCCGCCUUCAAGAGGGAAAGCGAGCAAUGGCAAUAAAAGCAAAAGGUCAGUUAGAUUCUGUCCAGUUAGUGUCAUUGUUGAUGAGGAUUCAAGACCCUGUGGCCAUAAAUGUAUCUAUGAAGACGAUCCAGGCUUGAUGCCAACGCCUGUCCCUCCAAAACUCGUUAAGAGUUCUUCUUUCAAAGAAGAUGCUGGUAAAGGUGCAAAGUAUAUCAGAAAUUAUCAGAAGAAGAAUAUCAGUGAAUUUGAUUUCAGGGGAUUUCAUAGUUAUAUUCAGGAUCGUGAUGCUGUUGAUGAUGAAGACAGUGAUGAAGAUGAGGACAAUCAAAGUUGUUCAAGUUCUGAUCUUUUUGAGUUAGAUCAUCUUAUGGGGAUUGGAAGGUAUAGAGAAGAAUUACCAGUUUAUGAAACUACAAAUUUUAAAAGAAAUCAAGCCAUUGCGAAUGGCUUCAUUCUGUAGUUUCUCGAAUGUAACACCAAAAGAAAAGAAAAAAAAAAAAAAGUGGUGAGAAUUUAAUCGAUGUAAUUAUGGGUCUGGAGGAUUUAAUUAUUAGUUAAUGAAAUAACUUCUUUUUUCUUUGAUGAUAAUAAUUAUAUAAGUUUGAAGAGAACAUAAAACAGUGAGAAUAUUCAACACUCCACACUGUGUACCGUUAAAAGCAAUACAUAAAAAGGUGAAGUUUAGAAAGAAAGUUCAAAAAAGAAAAAGAGAAAUUGAUGUUCUUGCUUUUUCACUGCCUCAGCACAUGGCCUCAACCUCUCAAGUUAAAAGAUUUUCCACUUUUAAAAUGAUAGCAGGAGUGGAGAAUUUUAGAGGUGAUUAGUUAAGUUGGCGUUGAAAUUAGUUGCUAUAGCUUAAUAAAGAUUUACUUGAUGAGCCGGACAAUAUCAAUUG